AUCUAUAGAGUGGUGGUUGGUCGGUUAGUCCGGUUGUUUAUUGGUUGAAACUUUAGUAGUUUCUUGUUUUUAUCCAAGAAAAGAGUCGAAGCAGCUUCGUUCGCGACAGAAAGCGUGUGUUCAUAGUGAUCUCCAAGACCAACCUCCCACUUCCAAAGCAGACAUGAGCUUUUUAUUUGGCAGCCGGGCUUCGAAGACCUUCAAGCCCAAAAAGAAUAUCCCCGAGGGAACCCACCAAUAUGACCUCAUGAAACAAGCAGCGGCAACUCUGGGUAGCGGGAAUUUACGGUUAGCAGUCAUGCUCCCUGAAGGCGAAGAUCUCAACGAAUGGGUCGCAGUAAACACGGUAGAUUUUUUUAACCAGAUCAACAUGCUGUACGGCACAAUAACAGAAUUCUGUCGAGAAGAGACUUGUCCGGUUAUGUCUGCCGGACCGAAAUACGAAUACCAUUGGGCAGAUGGUACCACUGUCAAAAAGCCAAUCAAAUGUUCCGCACCAAGAUACAUCGACUAUCUCAUGACAUGGGUUCAGGACCAGCUGGAUGACGAGACAUUAUUUCCCUCGAAAAUCGGAGUCCCUUUCCCGAAGAAUUUCCCGUCAAUCGCCAAAACGAUUCUAAAACGACUAUUCAGGGUGUACGCACACAUAUAUCAUCAGCAUUUUGCACAAGUAGUGCAAUUGGGCGAGGAAGCGCACCUGAACACGUCAUUCAAGCAUUUCAUCUUCUUCGUGCAGGAGUUCAGUCUGAUCGAGAGACGAGAACUCGUACCGCUCCAAGAACUGAUCGAUAAGCUCACGAAUAGAGAUCAGCGUACACCGUUGGAAAAUGGUCAUAGUACCAUCAAUACGAGAUAGACAGUGAUCCUAACUGUUAUAGACUAUAUAGUGAUGUGAGAUAUGAAAUGUUCAGUCUGGGAGCGGCAGUCAUCCCCACCAAGCUCGAAUGACGAGUGAGGCACUCAGGUUCAUGGAGCGGUCGAGCUAUCGAUGGAAAGCAUCAUCUCCUCGCGGUAGGACACAGAUGACAAUUUACAGAGCAACGGAAUCCGCGAUGAAGUGAUAACAAGAAUGUCCCCACCUGAUUUGAUCGUUCGGAUCGGCCGACUUCAAGCCGGUAUCGGCUCGUAUCUAUAUCGGGGAGCGGGA